AUGUUAAAAAAAUAUUCAAGCUUUCUUAAUGAAAAUGAAAAUGUUUUCUCGAGUGAAUCAAUAGCUAGUUCCACAGUGAAUGAUUCUUUGUUUUUCGGUAGUUGCAUAGCGAUAAGUCCUGACAGUAAACAAAUUGUUAUUUUUAGUCCAGAGACACACGAAUUUGAGUUAUAUAAUAUUGAUAAUUUAAGUUCAAGUAAAUCUAUUUCAACACUUGAAUGCGGAGUUAAUGAUAAACACCUUUGUUGGUCUAUAGCAAUAUCUAAUUGUGUGGACAAUGGUAAAAAUGAACGUUUUAUUGCAUUGUCUUGUUUUGAUGCAAGAGAAUUCUGUAAUGAUAUAAAGUAUGUUGACGAUGAAAGUGACUUAGAAUCUGGUGAUCAAUAUCUUCGUCCUCAAACAUGGGUUAUCUCUACUACAGAUGUAAAUGAAAUAUAUACUUCUUCAAUUGGCGGUGUUAUAAGAUUUCUUGAUAGCAAUGAUAAUCUGUUAAAAAACAAGACAGUAAUCAUUAUAGUUAAUGCGUCAGGAAUUUAUAAAGAAACCAUGAAUAAUAUAAAAAGACAAAGAUUCUUCUCACGAUCAUCCAAUAUCGAACGAUUCGAAUUACCCCACCAACUUUCAAUUCGACUUCACCUUUCACGAGAGCAUUGGCAUAAUUCAUUAGAAUUAUUAUAUACAAGUAUUAUUAAAAAUCAUUUUAUGGUGCACUCUUUUGAAAAUCGAAAACAAAUCAUUGAAAUGUAUAGUUUAAUUACUGGUGAUCUAGAGAUGUUAUUUAAACGACAUGAAUCUACGGUAGCCCCCAACAUAAUCCGUGGUUUUCCAAUCUUUGCCAUCUCUCAAAAUGAAAAAAUUUUAGCAUUCUGUCGGGGAACUACCAGCAUUACAUUAUACUCUAUGGAUAAUGGUUUAGAAACUGCUAGUAAACAACUAGAAGGUCAAAGAGGAAUUUAUAAAAUUGCAGCAAUAAAUUUUAUUGAUAAUGAUAGUAAACUUUUAAUAGUCCUUGAAGAAAAUGAAUAUAAACAAGUAGAAAUUCUUAAGUGUCAAAUAUUUGUAGUAUGGGAUUUAUUUACCACAUAUGAAAAUUCCAUUCGUAAAAUUAAUUAUUCUGAACCUCUAAACCCCCUAAAAAUGGAUAUAACACAUAGAUUAAUGAAUUCUCAUGGAAGUAUGUUUGCGGUUAGAGAUAGUGGAGAAAUUUUUUCAGUGUUAGAUCAUAAAGAUGUAGCGUUAAUUAGAUAUUCCUCAGGGAAGGCAAUAACUGAAAUUGAUAUUACUACGAGUGACACAGUUUACUUGGAUUCUAAGGAAAGUACUCAACUAAUAAUCAAAGGUGACACUAUACAAGUAUGGAAAUAUAGUAAUACUAUAGUGAAACGAGAUCGAGUGUUAAAAUACAUCUGGGCUCAGAAAAUAGCGAUGGAUGUUCAAGAAUUAAGAAUUGGAGAGAGAGAAUUUGUGUUAAAAGUUUCAGUACCUUCUACUAAAUUUUUUACAUCACCAAAAUCAAUAAUGAUACAUUGGCCAAAUAAUGUAAAUGUUCUUGAAGGGGCAUGUCGAGCCCUUUAUGUAUUAGAAGAGAAGAAACAUAUUGUAGCAGGUCAGGAAAAUGUUAAUCAAAUUAAAUAUUUAAUUGAAUGUACACAAAGAUUAGUACGAAAAUAUAUUACAAAGUAUGGAAUAUUUAGAUUAACUAGUAUUAGAUAUCCAAUUAUGAAAUAUCUUAUUAAAAGUUACCAAGAAAGUUUAAUCAAACAUAUUUUAAAUGUGAAAAUUAAUAAUAAACAUAGUAAUAUAUAUAUACCGAGAUUAUAUAAAUGGGCGGAUGAGAAUAAUAAUAGAUCAACAAAGUCAGAUUUACAUCAUGCUAUUUUAUGUAUUCAGAAAAGAGGAGAUGCUACAGUAAUUUUAAAAUAUUUAAUAGAUUAUUAUACUGCUAAUACUAAAAAAUAUAAUAAUUAUGGUUGGAUGUUUACCGUAAGCAAAGCAAUACCUUUACUAUAUGAUUAUCAUUUAAGUGGAUUUGUUCAAGAUUUAUUAAAGAAACUAUGUUUUGGAAUUACCGAAGCUUACACUCCACCAUUACAUAUAAACCAACAUGAUCAAAGGAAAGGAAAUAACGCAUCUGUAAUACAUUCUUUAGCAGUGAAACCAUGUCUUGUAUCAAAGCCCAUAAGAGCAUUCCUCCAAAAGCAAUCUGAAAAGAUUAAAAAUCUUGAAACUUCGCAUAAUGAUCGUAAAGUUUAUAUAGUCCCAUUACCUGGUUUUACAGUAUACCCCGAUCCCGAAGACUCCGAACCCCAAGUUAUUAAUGAUACUAAACAAAUGAGUCCUUUCAUUCGUGUUAUUCAUGAAGAGAAAGGGGAUGAAAUCUUUCAGACACCUACAAUUAUGGCAGUCUUGGAUUUUAAAUGGCCAGCUGCCCAAAUUUUGCAAUUAAAAAGAGAAGGAUGGUAUCGAUAUAUGAAUAAUAGUAAUAUGUUUGGUCUAGGAUCAGUGUUAUUACCGUUAGCAAAUAGUAUAGUGAGAUUUUUAUAUGGUCAUCAAGUGCUCGUUUUGCAAUUUUCAGUAUUUAACUCUGUAUCAGCGCUUACAGCUUUAGUUAUGUGGCUUGAAUUGGUAGGACGUUUUGUUUAUAUAAUUAUGAAUAUUUUGAACACUGUUUGGCCAUUCUUUGCAUUCAUGUUGAGUGCUUUACUUGCAUUUGGUCACGCUAUGUUCAUUGCUCUUAAAUAUGCGGAUAACCCAACCCCGCAAUUUCCUACAUAUAAGAUUAAAGACACUUCGAAUUCAGACUUAUACUCAAAUAUAACAAUUUAUCAGAAUGUUAAUAAUUCUUAUCGACUUGAUAAUUAUUAUUCACGCUUAGUCUCAUCAGUAAAAGUUGUAUUCUUUUGGACCAAUGGACGAUGGGAUCAAUUAGACCAAUGGGAUAAUUAUGCCGUAAAUGUAAUAAGUAUUCUAGGAACAAAUAAAGAAAGUCGUAUAGCAGCUCAGAUAUAUCGUGCUGAACUUGUUGCAGAAUAUGAAACUUUAGAAAAACCUUUUGAUAAUAAUUCAUCUUAUUCAAAAAAAUAUCGAGAUAUACAAAAUAAAGGUUCUUCAAAUGUAAUCAAAAAUAAUGAAACAAUUAACAAAAUUUCAUUUAUUGAUGAAGAAAGUUUUCCGUUAAAAGUUGUUACUUCUAAGCCGAGGAAAAAAUCACAGAGAAAUUGUAAAUCAGACAACAAAUCAUUAGAGGAUGUCAGUUAUAAUAAUGAAUCAAGUGAUGAAUCUUCAUCUGAAGAUAAUCCAUGUCUUACUACAAACAUUAAUAAAUCAUCAAUGCAAGAAAGAUUUAAUAACCUGGAAAAUGAAUUUAAGAAAUUUAAAGACUAUAUUGAAACUUUAGAAACUUUAACUUAA